UUCUCCCUCUCAUCUCCUUUUCAUACUCACUCAUCUUCUGCGUUAAGAUUCGUAGUCAGCCAUGAAUGCUCUCGCCGCAACUAACCGCAAUUUCCGCCAGGCAGCUCGUAUUCUCGGCUUGGACUCCAAACUAGAACGGAGUCUUUUGAUCCCCUUUAGAGAGAUCAAGGUGGAGUGCACGAUCCCGAAGGACGAUGGAAGUCUGGUGUCGUAUGUUGGAUUUAGAGUCCAACAUGACAAUGCACGUGGACCGAUGAAGGGAGGAAUUAGAUAUCAUCCUGAGGUUGAUCCAGAUGAAGUAAAUGCCCUGGCCCAAUUAAUGACCUGGAAGACAGCUGUAGCAGACAUUCCAUAUGGUGGAGCAAAGGGCGGCAUUGGAUGCACCCCAAGGGAAUUGAGUACGAGUGAAUUGGAACGUCUCACUCGUGUCUUUACGCAGAAGAUCCAUGAUCUGAUAGGAAUUCACACAGAUGUUCCUGCUCCAGAUAUGGGCACUAAUGCCCAAACUAUGGCAUGGAUUUUGGAUGAAUAUUCCAAAUUUCAUGGCCAUUCCCCUGCUGUGGUUACCGGAAAGCCUAUUGAUCUUGGUGGUUCACUGGGUAGGGAAGCUGCAACUGGGCGUGGCGUGGUUUUUGCAACAGAAGCUCUUCUUGCUGAACAUGGGAAGUCGAUUAAGGGAUUGACGUUCGUUAUUCAGGGUUUCGGGAAUGUGGGGUCUUGGGUAGCAAGACUUAUUAAUGAGAGAGGUGGUAAGGUUAUUGCUGUGAGUGACAUCACUGGUGCAGUUAAGAACCCUAAUGGAAUUGAUGUACCAGCACUUAUACAGCAUAAAGAAGCAACCAAUAGUUUGAAAGAUUUUGCUGGUGGGGAUGCAUUGGAUCCCAAUGAGCUGCUUGUACAUGAAUGUGAUGUUCUCUUCCCAUGUGCCUUAGGUGGAGUUCUUAACAGGGACAACGCUGCAGAUGUGAAAGCCAAGUUCAUUAUAGAGGCAGCGAACCAUCCUACUGAUCCAGAAGCAGAUGAGAUUCUGUCAAAGAAAGGGGUCGUAAUACUUCCGGAUAUAUAUGCAAAUGCGGGAGGAGUGACUGUCAGCUAUUUUGAGUGGGUUCAGAACAUUCAAGGUUUUAUGUGGGAUGAGGAGAAGGUCAACAAAGAGCUUCAGAUAUACAUGACUAAAGCUUUCCAUAACAUCAAGAGCAUGUGUCAAUCACACCAAUGCAAUCUCCGGAUGGGCGCCUUCACUCUUGGAGUAAACCGAGUUGCUCGUGCUACUGUUUUAAGAGGGUGGGAAGCAUAAACUGCUUUCUUCAAUUGUGUUCCCCUUUAUCAGUGACUGGUUUGUAGGAGCAGUUUUAAGAGACAUCUUAGAAUAUUUCUUUUUUUUUUUUUUAAAUAGACAUCCUAGGAUCUUUUACUUUUAGAUUUUGCAGUCAUAUUGAUUUUUAUGUAGUAUUUUAAUGAGGGAAAUUUUUCAAGUUUAUAGAAUCAUCUUUAUCAGUUUCACUUGAUGAUCGUAUCUAUGAAAAUGUCGGUAAUUGCUUAA